GUGAGAGAUAUGUAUGAGGGAGUAACGACUAGUGUUAGGACAGGUAUGGGAGAGACUGAUAAAGGAAACCUUAUGGAAAAUGGCUCUCUGUCAAAUGCUCUGAAACUUUGGGUUCUGGUAGUCCUUGAUGUGUAGAACAAAAGACUCAAUGGGCGCAUAGCUCCAAAAAAUCAUGGUUUUAAGAUAUAAGCCUCUGAAGUUAUAGGUACAGUGAGGACGUUUGAGUUGGAAUAAAUUCAUUUCCUCGAGAAUGGGCGACUCUGGAGAUAAAUUACAAAUCAGGUGAACCUUAAACCCUACCAACAUGGCUCAUAAGACCGAAAAAUUCAGCUUGAGACCUUUAGAAGAAUCUAGGCUAUAUCUCGAGGAUCGGCUCAGUCAUUUCAAGAGAUCUGACACUCAUGCUAUUGUACCCUAUAAAAAAUCGGGAAGGAUUCAUUUAAGUCCCCCAAGUAUCCCUAAGUAUGUCAUACCUACUGAAGAAAUUGAACAAGUUCACAGAGCGUUGGCUGCAUAUAAAUGCAAAGAGUAUAUUAUGCAACAUAUCAACCAGUUCCAAACAAUUUUUGUACAGGGAGAACCGGCUUCUGGCAAAUCUACACAAAUUCCGCAAUUUAUUACUGAGGAGGCUGCUCUUAGAAGAAUACCUUGCAAGAUAAUAGUGAUCCAACCCAAUAAGAUUGCUGCCCAAGUUACAGCUGAAAGGGUAGCUUUCGAAAGAAACGAACCUGUCGGUAUAUCUAUAGGAUAUCAUGUCGUGCUUGAGCAACUGUAUGGUAUUCAUACGAAUGUGAUCUAUUGCACACCAUCAGUCUUUCUUCGAAAAUUAUGUGGUAAUUUGAAUGAUUUAAAAAAUAUCACACACAUUAUAAUGGAUGAUAUCCAAGAGUACGAUUAUUUUUCUGAUUUUAUCGUAAUUGCUUUACAAAAAUAUUUGCGAGGGUGGAAUAUUAAAUUGAUCAUUCUUUCUGCCGAUUAUAACUGUCAUCGGUUCGUGAAGAACUUCGAAAGAUCAGGAGUCUGCAAUCUCCAGCAUAUACCUUUACCGAUAAAUAUACUUUAUCUGGAAGAUCUUUCGCCGACAUUCAAUCAUCAACCAGUUACAGAUAACGUCGAUAGAGUCAACUAUGAUCUGAUUGUGUCGUUAUUAGAAUACAAAGAAGGUACAAUUCUUGUAUUUUUACCUACGUGCGAGGAAAUAGAAAUAUGUAAAGAUCGCAUCGUCAACAGUCUGGAUCCUAGCACCUACACGCUCUUCACGAUUCAUAGCUCUAUGGACGCUAAAGAAUGUAAAGAAAUGUAUAAAUUCCAUAAUCGAAAAAUAAUUUUAUGUGCCGAAAUGAAUGUGUAUAAUCAUAGAGUUAACUGCGUUAUAGAUACAGGUAGAGACGGCAAGAAAUAA